AUGAAAAUAGGAGGAUAACAAAAAUUUAUCUUAUGCAAUAUUAUAGCUUCACUGAUGAUUUUGAUUUUGAGUCUAACUCAAAUAAUUGCUAGUUUGAAUUCUGGAUUGUUUGUUUUAUUAGAUUUACUAUUCUCUAUAAUAUUUUUGAUAUUGGAAUGGAAAUAAAAGUUCAUUAAUCAAACAAAUGAUUAUUAUUUGGCAGUAACUUAAAUGAUAAUGAUUAUAAUUCAAAUUGAAAUGUUAAGAGAGAGUGCACAUGAAGUAUUUACUGUUAAAUUAUACUAAGGGAUCUUUCAUUUACAUAAUAUUGAAACUCUUUGCCUUACUAUAGAUUCUGUAAAUAUAAUUACUUUAAUCGUUAAUAUUCUUCAUAGGACUUAUUUAUUUAAUAAUAAGAUUUGAUGAGUACUAGUAUGCAAUGUCAUAUGUUGGAAUUGCUUUUGCACCAAUCAUUAUUGUAAAAUCAAACAUAGCUUUAGAUUUAAGAGCGAGAAGAUGCUAAUGAUCUUUUAGAAUUGUUUAAAGAAACCUUGCCUAAUUCAAUACUUGUAAUUGACAAAUUAACAAAUAAGCCUCUCUAUCAUACCAAAAAUUUAGAAACUGAAUUUAAAUUUGACAUUCCACAUUCUGAUGAAUUUAUAAGAUGUCUCCAUAAUUUCUAUUCUGAAAACAAAAUCAAAUUAUAAAGUAUCAUUGAUAGUUUCUUUCCUCAGAUCUAUAGUGUUCGUCAAAACUUCAAGAAUUUAUUUUCUGAAAUUAUGGACAAUUGCCAAUAUUUUUGUCAUAGUCCUUUAUUAAAGAAGUUCUCAGGAUAAUUUGAUUUUGCUGAGGAUGAAUUUAAUGAAGAAAGAGAAAAUAAGAAUCAUAAUGAAAUUAUUAUUGAAACUCCAAAAAAUAAUUUAUAUUCAAAACCUUCUAUAAUUAUUAGUGAAGAGACACCUAAAAAUUAAAAAUCUAAAAUAAUAGAAGAAUUAUUGAUUAAAAGUUAAAGUUAAAGAGCUAUUUGUUUAUUGUAAUUAAAGAAAAAGAAAUUAAAAAUUAAUUUAAAUCAUUGUCUAUGGUUUCGGAAAUAGGCCUUUAUGAUAAUAUUGUAGAGUAAAGAUAUUGAUAAAUAAUUGGAUAUUUUAUAAUAACAAUUAAAUGAAUAAUAAUAAAUUAAUGAAAAUAAAGAUUUAAUACUAGCAACAGUGUUUCAUGAUUUUAAAACUCCAAUUAAUGGUAUUGUAUCCAUUUUGGAAACUCUAGAUUGUAAAAAUGAAAUCACAUAAAUAGAAAAAUAUUAUCAUAAUAUCAUUAAAAAAAAUGUUUAUUUAAUGCUCUAUAUGAUUUAUGAUAUUUAAGAUUAUGCAAGAAUUUAAAAAAAAAAGUUGAGAUUAUGCUUAACUGAUUUUUAUAUCAAUGAAAUAAUUGAUGAAGUCAUUGAAAUGUGCUUAAUUCAAGCUGAAUAAAAGGGGAUUGAGAUAAAGACAUAUUAUGAUAUUCCCUCUUAUCAGAUUCAUUCUGAUCCAAAUAGAAUUAAACAAAUAAUAAUGAAUUUUGUUUCAAAUUCAUUAAAAUUUACAGAACAAGGCAGUAUUACUAUUACUGUUUCGUCAUUAAAUACUGAUAAGUCAUAAAAUAUUAAAAGAAGCAAUACUUCAAGAAAUAUUUAAUAUUAAGUUGGAGAUUAAACAAUUUAAUAAUUAAGAAAAAGUUUACAAGGAAGAUAUUAAUAAUGUUCCAUAAAUAAAUUAAUUUACUCUAUAUCAAUAGAAGAUACUGGUUGUGGAAUACCAGAUAAUAUUAAACCAUAAUUAUUCAAUUUAUUUGCAACUUUUUCAAAUUAAAAAAUUGAAAAUAAAAGUGGAACUGGUAUUGGGUUGAUGGUAUGUAAGAAAUUAGUUGGUUUGUUGGGUCCAUCUGAAACUAUAGAUCUUUGGAGUGAAUAGAAUGUUGGAACUAAGAUGUCAUUUUAGAUAUAUGCAAAAUUAUAGGAUAAUUCUAUUAGAUCAGCUAAUUAUAUAAGUUGUUUUAAAUAGGAACAUUCUUCUUAACAUCUUAGUAAUUAAUAACAUGAUGAAUAAUAGAAUGCAAAAGAUAAUCAUUAAGUAAUUGUGAGAUCUUCUCUUUUAAGAAUUUAUACAAAAAUUUAAGAGAAAACUGAAAUUGAUUUUAAUGAACCAUCAUCUGAAGAUGUUGAUCAAACAAAAUAGAGAAAUAUUAUUCAAUUUUAAUCUUUGGGUUUAAAAUUCUUAAAUUAAAAAACUUAUCAAAAAGAGGAUUCAUAAGAACUCUAAGAUCCAAAAUAUAAAUUAAAAUAAGUAUUAUAAAAUAAAAAAUUUGGUAUUUUAUUAGUAGAUGAUCAAAUUUUCAAUUUAAUAGCAUUUAAAACUUUACUAUAAGAUCUGAUUUCUGAAUUGGAUAUUAUUGAAGCUUAUAAUGGAUAAUAGGCUAUAAAUAAAGUAAUUUUAAAUAAAUCUAAUUUAGCUAUUAUAAAAUCAAAAGAACUUAAAUAUUAAAUAUGUUUUUAUGGAUCUAUAUAUGCCAAUUUUAAAUGGAUGGUAGGCAGCAGAAAAGAUAAGAGAUAUGGUAAAUAGAUGUUAUUAUUAUUAUUAGAUUAAUAAUAGAGAAAUUGAUAAUGUUAAAUUAGUAGCUUUAUCUGGAUUUGAUGAUGAAGUUGAAUAAGAGAAAUGUGAAAAGCUUGGAUUUGAUGCAUUUAUACCAAAACCAAUUAAAUUGGAAAUUAUUGCAGAAGUUUUUUUUUAACUUGAAAAUGGAUGUUGA